CAAUUUUCUGAUUUACACUCCGGAGCUGAAGGUGGCGGUAGUGCGCCUUAAAACAGAGAGAAGAAGAAGAAGAAGAAAAGCUGCCAAACAUCACAAGUGUCACGUUGCAGCUUUAAAUCAGUUUUACUCUCUAGGACAUUUCUUUACAUUCACACCUCUCGCCUCGCAACACGUCUCCUUGUCCCCGGGGACGAUGUGGUCUGGACCCCAGGAACCAGUCGAUACCGAGGAAAUGAAGGGUGCGGUGCUGCCCCCUGCCGGUCAGCGUGCGGCAGUGCGCUGUGUGACGGGGGACCUGUUCUCCAGCUGCGAGGACGAGGCUCUGGCUCACUGCGUCAGCGAGGACUGUCACAUGGGAGCAGGGAUCUCCGUCCUGUUCAAGCGCCAGUUCAGAGGAGAGGCUGAGUUAAAGCAGCAGAAAAAGGUGACAGGACAGUGUGCUGUACUGAAGAGAGACAGACGUUUCGUCUACUACCUGAUCACAAAGAAAAAGUACAACCAAAAACCCACCUAUGACAGCCUGACCCUGAGCCUGGAGGACAUGAAGUCACACUGUGUGAAGAACGAAGUGACAAGAAUCUCAAUGCCUCGUAUUGGCUGCGGCCUGGAUCGACUGGAGUGGAGGAGAGUGUCAGAGAUACUGGAGCAGGUGUUCAAACACACAAACAUCUCCAUCACAGUCUACAGCCUCCCAGUGAAAGCAGAGACCACAGUGAUGAAGGAAAACAUGCGCCGAUGAUGGAUGGAAAUGUUUAUUGUAAUUAUUUAGAUC